AGGCGUGUAAGAGGCUAUACCAUAUAGGUGUGUGUAAGUACCCUCUAAGAUGUUCACACAAGAAACUCGCCUAAGAUGCAUUUCUCAGGAGGUAAUCCUGUCAUCUUAAAUGAUGCAUGACUGUAAGAUCUACGGCUGAGUGCCUAACUGUAUAUUGAGAAAUAACUCUCCAUUUCAUCCGUCUUCCGGUAUUGAACUUUAAGUGACCAUCAGACCAGCCUAAAUACCAGAAUCUCUUUGCAAUGCGCUCACCUCGCUCAUUACCAGAAGGUUUUACCUGCCUAGUGACUCGGUUGGUCUGGGCAUGAGCCCGGAGAGGUGGAAACUUUCAGCGUCUCAGGACUGACAGUCGAGUGGCUGGGGACUAUAAAUCCCCGAGAACUGCCCUCGCGCUACCAUCCAGCUGGGUAGUCGGGGACGCGCGCGCGGGGGCUGCGCGAGUCGCUCGCCCCUGGUUCCUGCGGAAGCCCGGGGGACGCGGACGCGGCCGCGGCGCCUCGGUCCUGGGCCUCGGGUCGCCUGAAGCGUCGCGCGCAGAGCUUCGGGAGAGAAGGAGGCGCCGCGCCGACGCGCUUGGCUCCAGCGGGCAUGGGACGGAGCAGUCUGCUGCCCCCCGACAUGUGACCCAGCCCCGCCGCCCAUGCGGGCUCCCAGCAGCCCGGCCCUGCGGCCGCUGCUGCCGUCGCUGCUGCUGCUGCUGCUUCUGGCGGCGCCGUGGGGACGGGCAGUUCCCUGUGUCUCUGGUGGUUUGCCUAAACCUGCAAAUAUCACCUUCUUAUCCAUCAACAUGAAGAAUGUCCUACAAUGGAAUCCACCAGAGUGUCUUCAAAGAGUUAAAGUUACUUACACUGUGCAGUAUUUCAUAUAUGGGCAAAAGAAAUGGCUGAAUAAAUCAGAAUGCAGAAAUAUCAAUAGAACCUACUGUGAUCUUUCUGCUGAAACUUCUGACUACGAACACCAGUAUUAUGCCAAAGUUAAGGCCAUUUGGGGAACAAACUGUUCCAAAUGGGCUGAAAGUGGACGGUUCUAUCCUUUUUUAGAAACACAAAUUGGCCCACCAGAGGUGGCACUGACUACAGAUGAGAAGUCCAUUUCUGUUGUUCUAACAGCUCCAGAGAAGUGGAAGAGAAAUCCAGAAGACCUUUCUGUUUCCAUGCAACAAAUAUACUCCAAUCUGAAGUAUAAUGUGUCUGUGUCGAAUACUAAAUCAAAUAGAACGAAACUCUGUCGACAGGAUAUGGUGUUGUUAUUGGAGUGUAGAGAGAUUGUACACUUGACUUUGAUGGAGAGCUUUCACUUGCACAGUCUUUCUCCAAGAAGAAAAAAUAAUUGGUCCCAGUGUGUGACCAACCACACGCUGGUGCUCACCUGGCUGGAGCCAAACACUCUUUACUGCAUCCACGUGGAGUCCUUCGUCCCAGGGCCCCCUCGCCGUGCUCAGCCUUCUGAGAAGCAGUGUGCCAGGACUUUGAAAGAUCAAUCAUCAGAGUUCAAAGCUAAAGUCAUCUUCUGGUAUGUUCUGCCUGUAUCCGUUACUGUGUUUCUUUUUUCUGUGAUGGGCUAUUCCAUCUAUCGAUAUAUCCACGUCGGCAAAGAGAAACACCCAGCAAAUUUGAUUUUGAUUUAUGGAAAUGAAUUUGACAAAAGAUUCUUUGUGCCUGCUGAAAAAAUCGUGAUUAACUUUAUCACCCUCAAUAUCUCGGAUGAUUCUAAAAUUUCUCAUCAGGAUAUGAGUUUACUGGGAAAAAGCAGUGAUGUAUCCAGCCUUAAUGAUCCUCAGCCCAGGGGGAACCUGAAGCCCCCUCAGGAGGAAGAGGAGGUGAAACAUUUAGGGUACGCUUCGCAUUUGAUGGAAAUUUUUUGUGAUUCUGAAGAAAACGCAGAAGGUACUUCCCUCACCCAGCAAGAGUCCCUCAGCAGAACAAUACCGCCAGAUAAAACAGUCAUUGAAUAUGAAUAUGAUGUCAGAACCACUGACAUUGGUGCAGGGCCUGAAGAGCAGGAGCUCAGGUUGCAGGAGGAGGUGUCCACACAAGGAACAUUAUUGGAGUCACAGGCAGCGUUGGCACUCUUGGGCCCACAAACGUUACAGUACUCAUACACCCCUCAGCUCCAAGACUUAGACCCCCUGACGCGGGAGCACACAGACUCAGAGGAGGGGCCAGAGGAAGAGCCAUUGACGACCCUGGUCGACUGGGACCCCCAAACUGGCAGGCUGUGUAUUCCUUCGCUGUCCAGCUUCGACCAGGAUUCAGAGGGCUGCGAGCCUUCUGAGGGGGAUGGACUCGGAGAGGAGGGUCUUCUGUCUAGGCUCUAUGAGGAGCCGGCUCCAGACAGGCCACCAGGAGAAAAUGAAACCUAUCUCAUGCAAUUCAUGGAGGAAUGGGGGUUAUAUGUGCAGAUGGAAAACUGAUGCCAACACUUCCUUUUGCCAGACCCCUACUGUGCAGACAAGUGAUUCACCCCUUUGAUCCCAGCCAUAAAGUACCUGGGAUAAAAGAAGUUUUUUCCAGUUUGUCAGUGUCUGUGAGAAUUACUUAUUUCUUUUCUCUAUUCUCAUAGCACGGGUCUGAUUGGUUCAUGCACACAGGUCUCUUAACGAUGGUGGUGGGUGCCUAGAGUGCAGGGGCUGGCCGGUGGUUCUAUGCAGAGAAAGCAGUCAAUAAAUGUUUGCCAGACUGGGUGCAGAAUUUAUUCACGUGGGUAUACUCUGGCCUCUUUGUUCAUUAUUUUCAAACAAGCACACUUGUACAGUUAUUUUCUGAGUACUUCCCAUGUGUACAUAGCACUGUAAAAAAUAUUUUCCAAAGAUCAUUCAUUUUAUAAAUAACACUUUUUCAGAUUGGGUUUAUUGCAAGCAGGAGGAGAUACUUAAAACAUGCACAUAUACCAGGUUGGUGGUAAGUUGGUCACAUCUGAAAACCUCAACUAUUUAAUCAUCAUGAUUCAUAUUUUGAGUGAAUACAUCAGGCACAGACCUUCAUGAUGUCACACACUCUUGGCUACUUUAAGAGGCCAUCUUUAACACUUCAUGAGUAGUUCUGGAGUAUAAACAUAAAUGAGUAUUCUUUGUAGUCAGAAAAGUGUCCUCUCAAUAAUUUAGUAGGGGCUUAUUGUAAAGCACUGUGUUACUAUUAUAAUAUUAAACAUUAGAGUAGGCAGUGGUUCAAAGACUCUUUGGAAUGUCUAUGAAUGAAUAUCCUCUAUUCUUAUAAUAUUAAAACCCAUAAGUAAAUAUAGGACAUGCAAGAGAAAUAAGUUAAAUGACUAUGUAAGGGAGCGUUUAUUAAAAUUUGACAAAAUUUACUGUGGGAACUAAACUAUGCCAUAAAACAAUAGCUUUCUAGCUCAAUUCCAACAACUGUUCCCAUCUCCUUUACCACUUGUUAAGAAAAUUAAAUUCUUCAGUCACACUGCUUUGAAAUGGACAAAAUCUAUUAAGUUGAACCCUAUAUAAUUGUUGAUAUUUUGCUUUUAAUCUGACAAGCAGUAACUUCAUAUGGUUUGCCUUAAUAUAUAUUUGUUUUAAUCAUGAACUCAUAAUCCACUGAUGCUCUUUCAAGAAAACAGAUAUCACCCAUAUUUCCUUAUUGAUAUUUUUGGUACAGGCAGACAACCCUGGUAGGAGAGAUGGAUUCUGGGGUCAUGACCUUUUGUGAUUGCCCACAAAUGCAAACAGUUUCAGAUCUAAUGGUUUAAUUUAGAGAGUAAUUAUAUUAAGCAGAGUGUUCUGUUAUUCUCAAUCUUUAUGGAAACGAUUCUGCUGGUUUUGAAGAACAGAUGUAUUACACUAACUGUAAAAGUAGUUCAAGAGUGAGAAUGAAUUGUUAUUAAGAGCAAAAGAAAAAUAAAGUGAUUGAUGAUA